AUCUUCAGCCGGCGGAUUCAAUUAUUAUUACUCCACACACAAUUAUAAAUCUCACUCUUUAUACUUUUCAAACUCUCACCAUUUUUUUCAAAAUAAUAGGAGUCUGUAAAAUUCUACAUCUCUCUCUAGCUAGCUCUCUUCUCUAUCUUUCUCUCACACUCAUCAUCAUGGGUCUUCCAACAGAUUUCAAGGAGCUUCAGAUUCCAGAGUACGUACUUAAAACACUUUACGUCAUCGGUUUCUUCAGAGACAUGGUCGAUGCUCUUUUUCCUUACAUCGGUCUACCUAGUUUUCUUGACCACCACGAGACCUAUCGACCCGACCCGACCCAUCACGCUCUCUCCACGUCAGCGAGUCUUGCCAACGAGUUAAUCCCAGUGGUUCGGUUCUCGGAUCUCUUGACCGAUCCGGAAGAUUGUUGUACGGUUUGUUUAUCCGAUUUUAACUCCGACGAUAUGAUUAGACAGCUACCAAACUGUGGACACGUGUUCCACCAUCGUUGCUUAGAUCGUUGGAUCGUUGACUGCAACAAGAUGACGUGUCCGAUUUGUCGGAACCGGUUCUUACCGGAAGAAAAGCCCACGCCGUUUGAUUGGGGUUCUUCAGAUUGGUUCAGAGAUGAAGUGGAGAGUACCAACUAAUGAUGGUUUUACUUUUUUUCACGGCAACAUUUUUUUACUGUAUAAUUCAAGUAUAACAUUAUGUAAUUAUAUGUAUAUUAGCAUCAAUCAUAUUUAUAUUUUAAUAAUAGCAUCAA